CUGACUACUUCUACCAUUACUACGCAUUUCACCUGCGUCCUUGCAGUUUGUUCCAAUCUUCAACCACGUCCAACAGCUCCCUGGCAACAUGACAGAAAAGCUGCAAGAGGAUGCUCAAGUCCUCACAGAUCGAAAACCGAUGAGCGAUAACAUGUCACUGCGCGAUAUACGAUCCUCGAUGAAGAGAGACUCAGACGGACAUGGCAUAAGUGCACUGGGCUUUGAUGGUGUCCUUCGUACGUUUGACGCUGAACGGAAUGUGCUUGACGCCGUUGGCCUCAAUCCAGCGCAGAUCAGAGAGUACUACGAUGGUUUGCCAAUGCCCGAGAGAUUCCUCACUGCCGAUGGCCGGAGUGUAUCCCGCCAGGAUAUGUUUAACCCCAACGCGGAGGAUAUUCCUAGGAAACCUACAGAGGAGGACAGAGCUAGAACUCGGGCAUAUAAUGAGGCGUUGAAAAGGCGCGGAGUCUCAUGCUGUGUUGCGGACAAGUCAGCCGAUGACGGCGAAUCUAAAUCAGAUCGUAUAUAGUCCAUUUUGCUAACUAACGAGAUGGUAAACCAAACACUCUAUGAACUUUUUCUUGCCUA